AUGCCGUUCCCCUUCGUGGUUUCCACCACAUCAAGCAUCUCCUUCCAUUCAAUUGUGACAUCCACCACUCAUCCUUCUUUCCCAUCAGCAACCUCAGCACAAAGAGCCAUCCUCCGAGCAGCUUUAAAGGAUCAUAAGCGACUCUCUCCCAGUGACCAAGCAACAAAUCUCAAUAGCCUACUCUCCACCAUUCAGAACUAUCUCCGAUAUCUUCUCGCACUUGACCUUGCCUUAAGUGGACGCCCCAUUGUCGGCGAGGAAGUGGAUGUGGCCUUGGUAAAAGAACUUGAAGUCGAGUGGCGCCCAACGCUUAUCUCAAGUGCUAUUCCGGGACGUGAGAAUGAUCGCGUCAAAGGUAAAGGCCUCGACUACGAGAUCUAUUUUGUUCAUCAUACCCUAGCACUCAUUCAAAACCUGCUUGCCCGACAAUCACUACUGGGGCUUUAUGCAACCGCCGUCCCCAGCACGGAGCAAAGAACAGCUUUGAUCCAAAGCGCAACCAGAUCUCUCAAAACUGCUCAUGCCAUUCACACCUACCUUGUUCAGCGAGCAAGCUCAUCGAGCGAGGGACCGCCGGCCUUCCCACCGAAUGCCAUUGACAUAUCGUUAUCUGUCCAAUCAGCCUUACAACAUCUCACACACGCAGAAUUCAAUCUACUUUGCGUUUUGAAAGACGACCCUUACCCCGCUCUACUGGUGCAAUCCCGCAACAAGGAUGAUAAGGAGUGGAUGAUCAAGGCUCCCGAGAUACCUAAAGUCCGUGCGCAGGUAUUGACAAGACUAUGUAUAGGAGCUGCGGAGCAUGCAACGGCGGCGAGUGCUUCACUAAAAGUGGAAGGAUCCAAGGUCUCCAAAGAUUUCACAGAGUACUGUGAUGGCAUCCGAAGGGCGUCCCGCGCUAAAGCUUGCCGCUUCCAGGCACUGGACGAAGACCUUGCAGGGAAGACCGGUACAGGAAUUGCAUGGCUAAGAGCCGCGUUGAAUGAACUUGGAUUCGAGGUAGGAAAAAAUGGUUCAAAGUCUUCAGGCCUGGGUAAGCUCAAAGCUUCCUGGACCGAAAAGAGGGAGGACAAACGCAUCGAGAGAGGAAGCGCAAACUGGGGCUUGGAUGGUGGAAAAUUUGAGGAAGGACGGAUUCUGGAAUUUCUUGAACGCAGAAUGACAAAGGAGAACGACACCAUCAAUGUUCAAAUCAUCCCAGAGUGGAAGCCUCUGCUCGCAACUCUCCCAAGCGGAAUGAAUAUGCCAAUCAACGAAAAGUGGCACCCUUCGCUGUUGGAAGAAGAUGAACUUGCUGCGAUGAGAGCACCUCCUGAGGCUAAUGAUUUAGUCGAUGCUGGGAGCUCUGAUGAGGAAGGCGGACCCAAACAGCCAGUUGGGGCUUUCCCAGGCACGCAUCAGGAUUAUGGUGCCCAAGACAGAGGUUAUUAUUGA